AUGAGAAAAUCUCAAGGGCAAUGUUUACAUAAAUCAUCAUUUUUAAGUUAAAGAUAAACAAAUCCAGAUAUUGUAUAAGAUAAGAAAGUAGGUGUCAGAUUUGCAACUUAAUAUCAAUUGACUGUUCCAGAUAUUGUGACAGCAGAUCCAAGUUAAUUAGAAUUGAUUAGAAUAAAAGAAAAAUAUAAAUGGAAAUGUGAAGAACUGAAUAGAACAAAAUAAGUUAUUGAAGAUGAACAUAAAUCAAUAGAGGAAAGAACUUAUGUAUAUAUAUAUUUAUUAAAAAGAAAUUAAAUAAAGGGGAGAAAGAAAUGCGUAUAUUGGCAGAUCAAAUCAAGGAGAAACUAAAUAUUUUAUAAGAAUAAGAAUAGAAUUUUAGAGAUAAAGUAUAGUUAUAGGAAGAGAGAAUGAAGGAGAGAGAAUAACAAUUAUUGAUUAGUAAAAGAUAAUUAGAGGAAUAGUAGAAUGUAUUAGAAAUGGAAAGAAACAAAUUAUAGAUUAGAGAGAAAUGUUUAAAAGAGAAAGAAUAUAUUGUAGAUUCAAAAUUAAGAGAAGCAGAAUAAUAUGUAGAGAAAUUGAAAUAUUAAUUACAAAAUGUAAAUUAGAAGGAAAGUAUAAUUUUUAAAGUUAUUAAUAAGAUUAUUAUCAUUAAUAAAUAGAUAAAUUGAAUUAAGGACUUUAGACUAUAAUUUAACAUGAAUUAUCAAUAAAAAAUAUUGAAUUUAAUUUGAGUAAAUAAGUUUAGCAAUUGAGAGAAGUGGAAUAGAGUUUGAUAGAUUAAUUACAGAAUUGUAAAUAAUAAGAGGAAUUAUUUGAUUAAAGAGAUUUAAAUAUAUAAGUUAGUGAAUAAUUAAUCAAUAGAAAAUUAGAGUGGGAUAACAAGUAGAUACAUUCAGCAAAAAUAUCUAAGAUAUAUUCUGAAAAUUCAAGAAUGGAGAUCUCAAAUUUUGCCCAUUCUGCAUUUUCACAAAAAUACUGA